CAUAGCAAGCGCACGUCUUCUCUCUUCAAUAAUUAUUCAUUUUGGAAGAAAUUUUUUUUACAAAAAAGAACAAAAUUUGACGAAAAAAAGUAAUUUUUCGAAAGUAAUAGUUCAGUGUGUUCAACGACAGAUUCAAAAAUGAAUAACAGUUACAUGGAUACCAGUGAUAGUAGUGACAAUCCGAUCGAUUUAUCACGUCGUGAUUCGGUGUCGAUUUCAUUUCGUUGUGAUUCGGUUGAAACGCGUAAAACACCAUCACCAUACAAUUCAUCGUCAUUCGCUGAAACAUCGCCAAGUUUGGAAAAUGAUUCGCCAACAUCAAAUUCGAUGCGAAAAAAGUCACGAUCGGACACACCAACAAAUGGUUAUCAAUCGUCACAAAUCUCAUCACAAUAUCCAUAUGUAGCCGUAAAACAGAGUUUACCACCAUUAAAGCCUCGUCAUCAUUACAUGCAAGAGCAAUUGAUUAGUUCAAAUGAUGACGAAAUGAAUCCAUACAUGCUACAUGCCGUGGCAUUACAACAAAAAUUACAAAGUAUUCCAGCGUCGGUGACGGCACCAAGUGUACCAUCAUCACCUGAAUCAAAUUCACCGUACCCAAUGAUAAUGGGGCGUGAUGGAAAAUUGGCACGACCAUUCAAAGCAUAUCCGCGUGAUUCACUGGCUAGCCCAUUCGGAACGAUUUCAACGUCGAAUUCAAUGGCCGAUCGUCUAUCCAGCGAACGAUUCAAUGUUUUUCGACAACAAAUGCUCGAACAAAUUCAUGCGGCCAAUGGUGGACGGCCAACAAUUACCAAUCCAAAAAUGCGACGAACAACCGCAAAAAGUUACACAAGUGAAAGUGAACAAAAUUCAGAAAUGGAAUUCCAACAGCAACAACAACAACAGCGACAAGAAGAACUGGCCAAUCAAGUGAAUUGUCCGUCAGAUUCAUCCGAUGGAAAUGGUAAAAAACCAGUCAAAGACAAUGCAUACUAUGAACGACGCCGAAAAAAUAAUGCAGCCGCCAAAAAAUCACGAGAUCGUCGACGCAUCAAAGAAGAUGAAAUUGCCAUUCGGGCAGCAUUUCUUGAACGCGAAAAUAUGGAAUUGAAAAUUGAACUCGCCACCAUUAAACGACAAAUGGCGCAAUAUGUUACCUCGUAGAUUUUUGAAUCGAAAGACAAACAAUUUAAAUGCAGGGACUCUUUUUUUUUUCACAGGAAAUAAAGAAUUUUUUAUUUAUUAAAAAUAGACUAGGUUAAGAUAAACAUUUGUAUAUUGAAUGAA